AGAGUCGAACUUCGCCAUGUAUUGCGGCCAGAAACAGCGCGAGCAACUUUCGGGGGCCGGACCGCCCUAUUCUGCCAGAGUACAGUACACAGUGCCCCGCUCCAUGCUCCCAAGCCACAGGCUAUCUGGAAAGACCGCAAGGCGAAGCCCAGCGAGUAGAGCCUGCGAUGCACCUCAAGAGCUGGUGUGUUCCCUUCCUCGCGGCGCUUUCACAAGCGAGGCGAAGCGGGCGUGGUGUUCCCCCCCGCGGGGAGAUACUGUCAAGUGCACUCUUUAUCAGCCUUCGGAGCAGCCUAGAUUCACAGAUCCUCGCAGGCUCAUUCCAGGACACGCGGAAUUGCGGCUCUCAUUCCUAAAACUCUCGUGGGAAAACUUGGCCUCGAGGGAUUCUCUGGGUUCAACGCAGCCUAAGAGGCCUCACCAUCAGGAUUACUAGUCUGGAGACGAACACGCCGCCACGCCGCCAGUUGCGAGAGAACAGGUUAACUGCCGGUUAUCCGACCGAAUUCCAACCAACGCAACAGGAGGUCUUUCGCGCGUCACAGCCGUUGCUGCGAGUAUCGAGCGCGCGCGGGUCCUGGUUUCGAGCAGCGGGGGGACGAGACGAGCCGUGAUGACGAUGGCCGACCGCCAUGGCGGUAUUGAGGAGGUGGGGCUACGCGAUUUGGAGGGACACCAGCCGCUGCACGAGCAACCGGAGAAGCAGCAGGAGCAGCAGGAGACGCAGGAGGGUUUGCUGGAGGAGCAGCAGGAGCAGGAGAAGGGCGCUGCUAUCUCGGAUGACGCGGACAGCGGCAGCGAGGCGGAGGCAGCGCGGCACGGGUUUGCGUACAGCCGGGAGCAGCUGGUGAACCUCAGCUCCAACGCCAACGUCGACGACCUCCAGCGCAUGGGAGGGGUCAAGGGUCUUUGUGCGGGUCUGGCCGUAGAUCCCGAGGUGGGAAUCAUUGGUGACGAUGCAGAGGACCUCAAGCGCCGCGCCGAGGCGUAUGGAGCCAACACCUACCCCAAGAAGCCCCUCCCGCCCUUCCUGUGGUUCGUGUGGAAGGCGAGCCAGGACACUAUUCUCAUCAUCCUCAUGAUCUGCACCGCUCUCUCCCUCUUCUUCGGCAUGAUCGCCGAGGGAGCGCAUGAGGGAUGGCACGAGGGCGUUGCCAUCGCCGUCGCCCUGGUCAUCGUCAUCAUGGUCACUGCGCUCACGGACUACCGCCAGGCGCUGCAGUUCCAAGGGCUGGAUGCAGAGAAGGAGGACAUUCAGCUCAAGGUGAUACGAGGCGGGCGCAGCCAGACAGCAUCGAUAUUCGAUUUGCUGGUGGGCGACGUGGUGCCGCUGGCCAUAGGCGACCAGGUGCCGGGCGACGGGGUGGUCCUCUCGGGCCACUCGCUCACCAUCGACGAGUCGUACAUGACGGGCGAGAGCGACCCAAUGCACAAGGACGUGUAUCGGCCGUUCCUUAUGUCCGGGUGCAAAGUCGUGGACGGCUAUGGCACCAUGCUGAUCACGGCAGUGGGUACCAACACGGAGUGGGGUCGCAUCAUGGCAACUGUCAACAUGGAGGAUGAUUCUGUCACGCCGCUGCAGGCGCGAAUCUCCCGACUGGCGAAAGCAGUGGGCAAGGUGGGGGUGACGGUGGCGGUGUGCGUGCUCAUCAUCCUCAUGACGCGCUACUUCAUGUACAACCACAGCGGGCAGGGAUUCAUGGACGUGAUCAAGGAGCUCGUGGACGAGAUCGCUGUGGCUGUCUCCAUCAUUGUUGUUGCCAUUCCCGAGGGGCUGCCUCUUGCCGUCACUCUCACGCUGGCCUAUUCGAUGCGCAAGAUGAUGAACGACAAGGCGCUGGUGCGGAACAUGGCAGCGUGCGAGACCAUGGGGUCUGCCACUGCCAUCUGCAGUGACAAGACUGGCACACUCACUCUCAACCAGAUGACGGUGGUGAGGGAGUGGCACGCAGGGGUGUUGCACCAGCCAGACGCCAUCGACAGCUUCCACGCUGCCUCGCCUCUCCUCCAGGUUAUUCUGGAAGGCGUGGCGCAGAACAGCACAGGGACUGUCUUCAUUCCUCGGAACGGAGGUGAAGCAGAGGUGUCAGCAAGCCCAACAGAGACUGCCAUCAUCCAGUGGGCGCUCUCUUUGGGCAUGGACUACAACGGGCUGCGCCACGCGUCGGACAUCAUCUCAGUGGAGGCGUUCAACUCCACCAAGAAGCGUGCCGGCGUGGCAGUGAGGCGCACCACUGGUGAUGUGGUGGUGCACUGGAAGGGCGCGGCGGAGAUGGUGCUGGCCAACUGCGAGAGCUGGAUGGACGCCCAGGGCAACACUGUGGCGUUCACGCCUGACAAGCUCGAGUCAGUGCAGGCGGCCAUCGCCACCAUGGCAGCAUCCUCCCUGCGCUGCAUCGCCCUCGCAUCCUCCCCGGUGCCCCUUGCAACUGUUCCUGACGACACCGAGUCCUGGCAGUUCCCCGACACCUCCCUCACUCUCCUUGCCAUCGUGGGCAUCAAGGACCCCUGCCGCCCGGGCGUGCCUGAAGCGGUGGCGCGGUGCCAAAAGGCCGGGGUGAAAGUGCGCAUGGUGACGGGGGAUAACGUGCUCACAGCGAAGGCCAUUGCGCUGGAGUGCGGGAUUCUGACACCCAAUGGGGUUGUGAUUGAGGGGAAGGACUUUCGAGUUCUGCCGUUGGAUCGCAUGAUGGAAAUCAUCCCCACCAUUGAUGUGAUGGCGCGGUCGUCCCCCACGGACAAGCAUCUACUGGUGUCGAUGCUGCAGCGCAUGGGCGAGGUGGUGGCCGUCACAGGCGACGGCACCAACGACGCACCCGCUCUCUAUGAGGCCGACAUCGGCCUCUCCAUGGGUCUGUCCGGCACGGAGGUGGCCAAGGAGAGCUCCGACAUCAUCAUUCUGGACGACAACUUUGCGUCCAUCGUGCGCGUGGUGCGGUGGGGGCGGUCAGUGUUUGCGAGCAUCCAGAAGUACAUUCAGUUCCAGCUCACUGUCAACAUCUGCGCGCUCUCCCUCAACUUCAUCACCGCGCUCACCGACGGCGCCGUGCCCCUCACCACUGUGCAGCUCCUCUGGGUGAAUCUCAUCAUGAACACACUCGGAGCGCUGGCGCUCGCCACAGAGCCCCCCACGGCCGACCUCCUCGAGCAGCCACCCGUUGGCAGAACUGCGCCUCUCAUCACCAACGUCAUGUGGCGCAACAUAUUCACUCAGGCUGCCUUCCAGCUGACGGUGCUGAUGGUGCUCAACUACGCGGGCAUCUCCCUGCUGGGCAUUGGCAGUGUAGAUAACCCCACAGAGGUCAAGAACACCAUCAUCUUCAACACCUUCGUCUUCUGCCAGCUGUUCAACGAGAUCAACGCGCGGCGCCCCAACAAGCUGAACGUGUUUGAGCGGCUGCACAAGAGCCCCAUCUUCAUCGCCGUGCUCUGCUUCUCGGUCGCCUUCCAGUCGAUCAUCGUGGAGGUCUUGCAGUCAUUUGCCCACACCACCUCGCUCUCCUGGCAGCAGUGGCUGCUCUGCAUCGGCAUCGGCGCCAUCAGUCUGCCCUUGGCCAUUCUGGCCAAAUUCAUCCCCGUGUCAGAGACGCCUCUCUUUGACUGCUUCAAACGCUUGCGCCUGCGCCCACGCCACAGAAAGUCCUCUCACAACUUCACCACAGUUCAGGAGCUCCAGGCCUCCGCUAUCAGUGCUGCCGCUGCUGCCACCAACAGCCGUGCUGCUGCUUCCUCCGCUGCUGCUCCAGCUGGUGGUGCUGGUGAUGGGAAGAACGGAGGGAGUGCAGGGGCUGCUGCUGCUGAUGCUGCUGCUGCUGAAGGUGGGCCUGAUGCCAGGUCGGGUGCACUGGGACCAGAGGGGAAAGCACCUGCUGCACCCUCUGCUGCUGCCGGGCCAGUGACGCCGUCUCUGUAACGGGUGCAUUCUUGAAGUGACUGGGGGACAAGCCAUCGGUAUUAUGGCCACUGAGCGGCAAUAGUGAAACCAUCCAAUCCAACGUGACAAACUGUGGUACGCUAGCAGCAAUGGUAGCAGCAAUGGUAGCAGCAGCAGCAGCAGCCGUUCUGCCGCAGCAGCUGUGGGCCGUGUGUUCCGUUUCCACAACUUCGCAUUCUGGGAGGUGAAGACCUUGCAGGGAAUCGCGGUAGGUCUUCAAGCAGUGAAAUUUAAACGAACAGCCUGUUUCUCAACAGGGCUUUUCAUGGAAGCAAGAUGAACUAUUGGGUAAUAGAUAACAGCAACCCAUGGGAUCACUGGCUAUUCAUAUGAACUGAGCAUAUCACCCAAUUUAAUGUCUAACUUAAACAUAUGUUUUGUAUGUAUAGUAACAGGCUAGAUGGGUAAGUGCUCUUAGAGAGUACAGCACCAUCUCAUAUGUCCACAUGUGAGCCUUUCUAGAGC